UUUUAAAUAUUUAAUCUUUUAUUUUUCUUGGCAAACUGAGGAUACUGAGGUGUCUCGGGGAGGUUCAGCGACCAGUUAAAGUUCCUAAAACCGGUUAUCCCCAAUCUUGAAUUCUGGAUUAUUGGGUGUAAGUGGAAGAAAAUCCCUGCUUUUGGAAUAGCUUUGGGAAUUAUUGAUAGGAACCUACUUAAUAAAGACCUUAACUUCGAAUACAUUUUGUCAACUAAGUUGUUUUUGCUCACCACCAAUAGGGUGCUGUUUAAUUUUCUCCAUUUAGUUCAUCCUCAAUUUCCAAUUUGUGCUGAACUUCAGAAAUUUUCUUUCCGUCAUUCUUUAGCCCAGUGAUGUAUUUCUCAUUAGAAUCCCAGUGGAUGAAAUAGGCUUUACCUUAAAAAUUGAUAUCAUUAAAUUUUCCCACCCUACAAAUGCCAUUAUUGACUUUUUAUUUAAAUACAUUUUUCAUUUUAAUUCUCCUUUUCUAGAACUUCAAUUAUUGAAAUAAUCUGCUUGUUAUCUGUAUAUUUAUUUUCUGAUACUUCUAUUUUCCUUUUGAAGCUGAUAUAUUUUUUGAUUUGUCAUCCUCAGUUUUUAUUAUACCAAUUUUCUGAAAUUGUUACUUUUUAAGAAAUAAGUUUUAUUUUCCCUGUAUUAGUGUCUGCCAAUUUAGUAUAUAAUAUUUCUGUUAUGAUAUGAUUAAAUGUCUAGUCAGCUUUAUCUGAAAAUAAGAAACAGCAUUGUAAGAUAUCAAAUGCGUAUAUAUAUGUUUAGGUCUGGAGACCAAAAAAGCAAGGUUCAGGCAUUUCACAGCAGCAUAUAGAAAUAUUUAAUAAUUUUUUCUUUUAAUUCUGUAUGAAAAAAACAGAGGUCCUUAUUAAGUUUUUAAUGGCUAACAAUGCAGUCCUAUUCACUUUAAAAAGAAACCCCAGUAGAAAUAAUCAAGCAGAGGUUUAUAUAGUGUGGCUUUUAUAUUCAACACAGUGUUUUCUGACAGUAGCUAGCCUUUCCCCUGUUAACAUACCUUAAUUUAUUGUCUCUUACUUAUUAUUGAAAAAAAUAGAGCUUCUUUCUAGAUAUUAGGCCUUUGAAUAAAAUUCUGUAUGAGGCAGGUGUUAUAAUCUGUUCUUAGUUUCAGUGGUAUCAGGAUAGGGAUUAGUGUGGUCUACUUUACCUUCCUUUCUUUGGUGAAGAGAAAUUAGAGCCCAAUAGACUCUAAUUAAGAGGGCCCUUAAAGUAAAGGUCAGUCCCUUUUAAAAUUCUGCAAAUAAUUUUAAAGCUAAUGUAAGAAAAACAAGACAUAUUAAAGAAAGGGAACAAAAUUGCAAAGAAUAAGUGAAGGAAUAGAAUUUUUAGGCAGCAAAAAUUUAAAAACACUGAAAAUUGUGUUUACCCUACUCAAGGGUUUGUUUAUGCACGCUUGAAUACAGCGAGCACAUAGUGAGUGUCUGAUUUGCAACCCAAAGAUGACAAAGAAAUAGUUUCCAUCCUUAAGGAGGGACCGAUUGGCAUGACACAGGAAGCAAUAAUAUUUACAGGACAGUUAUACAAGAUUUUAGGGGAGCACAGAGAAGGGACAACUUAAAUGCUCCCUUCUAGAUUAUAGAGUGAUGUCUCUUUAGGUAACGUAAUCAGGUUUCAAAGAAAUCUGUUGAAGAAGUUGUGAAACGAGUUUCUUUCGUCAGUUCUUCGUGUUCCUAUCCCCAAUGUUUCUGGAAAAGGAAAACCUAUUAUUUUGGUGGUCUCAGAAGUCACCACAAUUUCCCUUUAGUUCCUGACAUUUCCCCAGGGGUAGUUUCAGGAGUGAAAGGCCCAGCAUAGAACUAAAUAUAGCACAAUAAGGUUCACAGAGUUAACUGCCAGAAGCAUUCUUUUUGCAACUGUUGGAUUUUUUACUCUCCCCAUGAAGCAGUGGAAAAUCUCAACAACCCAAACAGUUCUCUAUCUCAGCAUUAUAUUUUACAAAACAAACAAAAGAAAAAUGAAAUAUUUAAAUGAUCCACUAAAGAAGAAAUUUAUAAAUAUACACCCAAGACACUUUGGGUACAGCCAUUUGAAUCUGUUGGAGGCCAGGCAGUGGUGCUGCAGGCUAAAGAGACCAAAUAAAGAAUUGAACUAAGGAUGCUGCAGAAGUCACUAACAAGAAAAGGAAGGAUGCGGCAAGCAGGCUGGGAGAAAAGCCAUAGCUCUUCAAGACUGCGAACAAACACCAAAACCUCAGGCCCCUGCUACUACAUGGUGUAGGUCUGGUGUUUGCAACUGCUGUUUCUUUGUGCUGGGAGCUGUGAUUGUGACCAAUAUUGACAAAAGAUGCAUUCAGAAGAAGCUAUGGAGGCUGGAGGGUUGCACUGCCAAAGACAAAGGCAAGUCCUCUCUCUCUUUUUCUGUUUUGGAGAGUCCUUGGCAGGACUCGGGUUUGGACUAUAUUCAGUGACAGAGGAAACAGAGAGAGGAUCCUUUGUGGUCAAUCUGGCAAAGGAUCUGGGGCUAGGGGACCAGGGGCUGGUUGCAAGGGGAGCCGGGGUGGUUUUUGAUGAUAACAAACAACACUUGUUCCUGGAUUCUCAAACUGGGGAGUUGCUUACAAAUGAAAUACUGGACUGGGAGAAGCAGUGUGGCUCCAUGGAGCCCUGUAUGCUGUAUUUCCAUUUAUUGAGUAACUGCUUUCAGAUUUACCGGGCUGAACUGAGGGUCAGGGAUAUAAAUGAUCAUUCACCAAUGUUUCAGGACAAAGAGACAGUCUUAAAAAUCGUAGAGAAUACAGCUGAAGGGACAACACUUCCACUCAAGAGAGCACAGGAUUCAGAUGAAGGACUUACCGGUAUCCAGAACUACACUGUCAACCCCAACCCCUUUUUCCACAUUAAAAUUAGUAAGAGUGACCAAGGCAUGAUUUGUCCAGAGCUAGUGCUGGACAAGGCGCUAGACAGGAAGAAGCAGCUCAGGUUAACACUCACGGCGGCGCUCGAUGGCGGGUCUCCACCCAGGUCUGGGAUCUCCACUUUACCGAUUGUGACCCUGGACGUCAAUGACAAUGCCCCGCAGUUUUCUCAGCCAACCUACCAUACCCAGGCUCCAGAGAACAGCCCUGUAGGUUCCCUUAUCGCUAAAGUCACUGCAGGAGAUGUAGACGCUGGAGUCUAUGCAAACAUGUCCUAUUCGCUUUUCGAUGCUUCUGAAGAUGUUCGAACCACCUUUCAAAUCAAUCCUUCUGGAGAAAUCGUUCUCAGAGUGUUGCUUGAUUAUGAGCUAGUGAAGUCUUACAAAAUAAACAUACAGGCAGUUGAUGGUGGCGGCCUUUCUGGAAGAUGUACGGUUUGGGUUGAGGUAUUGGACACCAAUGAUAAUGCCUCUGAACGGACCGUGUCAGCACUUUCCAACCGCUUUCCUGAGAACUCUCCUGAGACGAUACUGGCUGUUUUUAGGAUUAAAGACCGAAACUCUGGAGAAAAUGGGAAAAUGGUUUGCUCCAUCCAAGAUGAUCUUCCCUUCCUCCUGAAACCAACUGACGAGAAUUUCUACACCCUGGUAACAAAUGGGGCCCUGGACAGAGAGCGCCAGGCCGAGUACAACGUCACCAUCACCGUCACCGACAUGGGGACCCCCAGGCUGACAACCCAGCACCACAUAACCGUGCUGGUCUCCGACGUCAACGACAACGCCCCCGCCUUCACCCAAACCUCCUACACCCUCUUCGUCCCCGAGAACAACAGCCCCGCCCUGCACAUCGGCAGCGUCAGCGCCACCGACGCCGACGCGGGCGCCAACGCCCAGCUCACCUACUCGCUGCUGCCGCCCCCGGACCCCGGCCUGCCGCUGGCCUCGCUGGUGUCGGUCAACGCCGACAACGGCCACCUGUUCGCCCUGCGGGCGCUGGACUACGAGGCCCUGCAGGCCUUCGAGUUCCGCGUGCGCGCCACCGACCGCGGGGCGCCGGCGCUGAGCGGCCAGGCGCUGGUGCGCGUGCGCGUGCUGGACGCCAACGACAACGCGCCCUUCGUGCUGUACCCGCCGCAGAACGGCUCUGCGCCCUGCACCGAGCUGGUGCCCAGGGCGGCCGAGCCCGGCUACCUGGUGGGCAAGGUGGUGGCGGUGGACGGCGACUCGGGCCAGAACGCCUGGCUGUCCUACCAGCUGCUCAGGGCCACGGAGCCCGGGCUGUUCGGCGUGUGGGCGCACAACGGCGAGGUGCGCACGGCGCGGCCGCUGAGCGAGCGCGACGCGCCCCGCCACCGGCUGCUGGUGCUGGUCAAGGACAACGGCGAGCCGCCGCUGUCGGCCAGCGUCACGCUGCACGUUUAAUCAUGAUUGCUAUUUUACAAUGCCAUUUUUGUUUAAGUUCACUGCAUUUUAGUUAACAUUUUAAAAUGUUUAUUGAACAUACACUUGAAAAAUCGUGUCCUAUGAUACAAGCAUGAGUGUAAUCAACUUGUUGAAAGGGCCAGGCCAUUUUCUCAGCAUCUCUUCAUUAUACAUCCUGGAGUGUGAUUGUGAAGGUGCAUUAAUAUUGUGACCACUCGCAGACCUUGGAAUAUGAAGUCAUAACUUUCCAGGUGUCUCUUGAAUAUUGCAAAGCUAUAAUGCAAUGCAGUUGACAGAAGGCACCUGAAUAACACUUCGUAUAGCAUAGUGGACUCGUGUGCUACUGUGUAUAUUUUUUGCCUUCUGUGUACAUGCACACACACACACACAGAGUGGGCGCUGAUUUUUAAACUUAAAAAAUGACAGCCAAUAGAAAAAUUAUGUUGGGUAUAUUCUGUAACAUACAAAGAAAUGUUUUUCAAUAGUGUUCAGCAUUCUUGUUGAUGCAAUCUAAAAUUGCCUACUUAUUCCAUUAUAUUUUGUUUUUCAAAUGUGGUCAUCAUAAGUUGACUUAGUGACCUACUAAUGGGUAGCAAUCCAAAGUUUCAAAUCUAUUUUACUCAGAUAUAUAUGUUGAUAUAUGUAGAAUAUUGAAAAGCAUCAAAAGAUAAUCCUCCAAGAUUCUCAUUUUUAAAAAUUCAACCAUUGUAGAAGGAAGGUUUGUCUCAUGCUGUGCAGGAACCAACCAACCACUCUUUCCUUUAAUGAUCUGGCUACAUUACAGAAGAAAAAACUUCACUGUUUGAAGACGAGUUUUCCAAUAAAUUUCAUAAAAAAA